AUGAAGGCAGCACGGAUGUCACGUGAUCAGUCGGCGUACAGAGCAGAGCAGCCACUGGAUAUCAUCUGCCCCUUUCGCUCUGAAGAUACCGGGGUUGGAGGACCAAAAAUGUGCAGCAGCGUUCAGCCCGUUGAGUGGACCAAAGACAUCAAAAACCCCAAUUUUGAUGGCAUCGUGUUGGUGACUCAGAGCCAUGACACCCUGCCCUCUGAGCUCGAGUGUCUGAAGGCUCCUCUGCAGGACUACAGUUCUGUCGACAGUGGUCUGGGUGAAGAAGUCGUGGUUCUCAAGGUUGUCGGUCUGCCCGGUAACAGACUGGUGUUUGCCUCCACUGGCCCAGUAAACCGUGACUACGAUGAUAUCAGGCGCUUCAGUGACGCGGCAGUCAAUGGCAUUAAACGGGCCUUGAAAGCUGGUUUGCAGCGCCCCUUACUUGUGUGUCCCCCGCACAAGGACUAUAAGAGUGCGACCUUAGUGGCAGCACUCGGGGCCCUUCAUGCUCUCUACAUGCCACUUGAAGUGAGGGAGGCGAACAUAAAGCCCUCCAACCAUAAGGUGUGCGUCCUGGGACUGUGGGCAGCUGCGGAGGCUGAGGGUCAGAGGCUGGUGGAGUUGGCUGCUGCUCUGGAAAGUGGAAGACUGGCAUGUCGUGAUAUUGGAGGAUCAGACCCUGAACGCAUGGCUGCUCCUCGUGCAGCUGAUUACGUCCAGGAGCUCUUCAGGGACAGCCUAGUAAAGGUGGAAGUUGUAAGUGACCUGAAGCUUCUGGAGAAAGAAUAUCCCUGUCUGGCUGCUGUCAACCGCUGUGCAAACUCUGUGCCUCGUCACCAGGCCAGAGUUAUUAAGCUGCUGUACUGUGGAGAAGGACCAAUCCAGAAGACACUCAUGCUGGUGGGAAAGGGCAUCACCUACGACACUGGUGGAGCUGACAUCAAGGCUGGAGGCUUCAUGGCUGGGAUGCACAGAGACAAAUGUGGAGCUGCUGCUGUGGCUGGAUUCUUCCAGAUUUUAGCAAAGUUGAAGCCAAAACAUCUGAAGGUUGUUGGCUCCAUGGCCAUGGUGAGGAACAGCGUGGGACCAGACUGUUAUGUGGCAGAUGAACUGGUGGUGUCCCGUGCUGGUCGUAGGGUCAGAGUGGGAAACACAGACGCAGAGGGUCGUAUGGUGAUGGUGGACCUGCUGUGUGAGAUGAAGGAGAAGGCACUACAUGAGACAUCUCCUGAGCUCUUCACUAUUGCAACACUGACCGGUCACGCCAUCAGAGCUAUGGGUCCCAACUACUCAAUCAUCAUGGACAAUGGGCCAGCUCACAGCAAUGGGAACGCUGCCAAGUGGCAGGAAGCUGGAGAGGUUUUGGGUGACGUGUUUGAAGUGUCCACAAUCAGACGAGAGGACUACGAGUUCCACAAGGGCAAGUCUGAGUACGAGGAUAUUCUGCAGAGCAACAAUCUGCCCUCCUCAGCCACACCUCGGGGACAUCAGACCCCUGCUGCCUUCCUCAUCAUGGCCUCUGGUCUGGACAAGUGUGGAAUCGACUCUGAGAAACCUCUUCCGUAUUCCCACAUUGACAUCGCUGGAUCCAGUGGUCCUUUCCCCGGUGUCCCGACAGGAGCCCCCAUUGUUGCCAUGGCAACCAACUACAUCCUGUCUAAUAGUCUCUAAACAUGCAUCUUAUGAAAAACAAAAUGUAAUCCAUGAUAAUCAUGUUAAAUUAAAAAAAAAAAAAUCAAACGGUGGUAAUUUUAUGCUAAACAGUGUUUUAAAUUUGCCAAAUGCAUAGAUGGACUUUGUUAGCCACAGCUGAUACUUUAUUAUACUCUGUCGCUGUCUUUAAUAACUUCUGUACAAAAACCUGCCCAAUGAUUGGUUUAUACGGGUGUGUAUACUCAGGGGUUUUAAAAAGCAGUAAAGACAUGUCAUUUUUAUAUACAUUUGUUUGUUUGAUAGAAUACAGUUGUGUCUUUGAAUAUACAGUAUGUACCAAACCGACAAUGUAUGUGACCAGGUCGAAUUAAUUAAAGAAACAAUAGCGCAUUAUA